ACACACACCACACCAUCCGAUUCCCAAACAAUCUCUCUCUCUCUCUCUCUCUCUUCAGAAAAGAUGGCGACCUCACUGCGAGCUCCGAUGGCUACUUCAGUUCCUUCUUCGUCUUCAUCACGGUCCUUGAAACGUCGUUCAAUUCAGACCCUAUGUGCCAUAAAUAGCAGAAACGGAGCUAAAAUUCCGAUGCCUCCAGUGAACCCUAAGGACCCAUUUCUCACGAAGCUCGCCUCCGUCGCCGCAACGUCGCCGGAGAAGCUCCUGAACCGAGCUUCCAACUCUGAUAAUCUUCCUUACUUGGACCUCUUUGAAUCUCCCACGCUCAUGGCUACUCCUGCACAAGUGGAAAGAUCUGUUUCGUACAAUGAGCACAGGCCGAGGAGACCUCCACCAGACUUGCCAUCUUUACUUCUCCAUGGUAGAAUAGUCUACAUUGGCAUGCCGUUGGUGCCAGCGGUCACAGAGCUUGUGAUUGCAGAAUUAAUGUACCUGCAAUGGAUGGAUCCUAAAGAGCCAAUAUAUAUUUAUAUAAAUUCUACUGGAACAACUCGUGAUGAUGGUGAAACUGUUGGGAUGGAGAGUGAGGGUUUUGCAAUUUAUGAUGCUAUGAUGCAAUUAAAGAAUGAGAUACAUACUGUUGCCGUUGGGGCUGCUAUAGGUCAUGCAUGCCUCUUGCUUGCUGCAGGAACCAAGGGCAAACGGUUUAUGAUGCCGCAUGCCAAAGCCAUGAUCCAACAGCCUCGUGUCCCAUCAUCUGGGUUAAUGCCAGCCAGUGAUGUUCUCAUCCGUGCAAAGGAGGUAAUAAUAAACAGGGAUGUUCUUGUAGGACUCCUGGCUAAGCACACGGGAAAUUCAGAAGAGACUGUUGCUAAUGUGAUGAGAAGACCAUUUUAUAUGGAUUCCACAAGAGCUAAGGAUUUUGGCGUCAUUGAUAAGAUACUUUGGCGUGGUCAGGAAAAGAUAAUGGCAGAUGCUGCCACACCAGAGGAAUGGGACAAGAAUGCUGGCAUCAAAGUCCUUGAGGCAAUAUAAAUUUUGUUCUUGUGGAUCCUGCUCAUACUGCUUUGCAGGUUAAGUGGAAGCCGAAUUUAGUGGGACAUGUGCUGCGAUUCUGCAAUCAAGGAAUGUGUUUCAAUUUUUUGAAGAACAACGUCCAUACAGAGCAUUUAAUGUGCAGAACAUGAAAGGUACUGUUGUAAUCAUAGGUUCUUAGUAGACUUCUCAGCUGGAACUGAUUCAAGAUUGUUUCCUAGAGCACUGGUCUUAAAACACAUACGCACUGUAUAGACCGGCCCAUGUCAUAGACCCAGAUACUAGUAUCAUGUGCAAUUAUGUGGAAUAUUUUUCGUUCUUGCUAAAGAAAAUUACUUAUCAGAAGGGAAAGGGAAAAAAAAAAAAUUUAGUGAAGAAAUUGACACUUUAAUUGACACUUUCCUCACCCUGAGAUUAGACACUUUCCUCACCCUGAGAUUAGCCCUUGGUGGUGUUUUGGUAUCAAGUCUAUGUUUGGUUUGAUUCCUUGUGCAGAGAAUUCAUGCCUCGUAUUGAUAUUUUUUUCAUGCCU